CUCAAAAAGGUUCUACUCCUUCAUAUACAGCAGCUGAGCAUGUAGACAGCAAGCUGCAUCCUUGUUACAAACUAUGUUACAUUGUUUAAAACAAGGCAUAACAAUGUGAUUAAUUCAGGCUGACCUUUAUCCAUGAUCCUCUUGAACUGUUACUUGUAGCGGCAUUGGUUUGUUGUGGAACGGUCCGUGUAUUUCUGGAUUCAUCAGAAAAAGUUUCUUGACUACUGCCCGAUAGAUAGUAAAAAAAAACUCAGAAAUGUACUUCGCUACAGUCAGACGGGAGCUGAACAUCAGCUGCUUUCAGCAUUAUACACCUGCUCUAUGAGUUUGAUGACCUUCAUCAUGACUCCAGUUUUACUGUCACUUCUCUUCAUCUCAGUGACAUGUGUGCAUCUGAGAUUGUUAUCAAAAACUGCUGAUAAAACAGAUGACUUUACAGAUGUCUUUGAAGGAUUUCCACGGCCCAAAACUAGCAAAGAAAUUCCUGUGCAACCUGACGACAUCGCUGUGCCGAAUACCUGGAGCAGGAAUGCAGACCCCUGCAUUGUCAGAGGCUGCAAGUGGCCCAAAUCUGGACCCUAUGUCAAUGUGCCUUUCUACAUCUCCUCUAAUUACACUCCAGAAGAGCAAAGCAUAAUCGUGAGAGGCCUUGAAAGCUUCCACAAGUCCACAUGCAUCCGUUUUGUACCGUGGACUUUGCUUGACUCAGAUUACCUCCAUUUCUUUUCUGAACCUGAAUCAGGGUGUUGGUCCUACCUCGGCCGUCAGAGGGGAGGACAGUACAUCUCCCUGGAGAAAAGCAAGUGUCUGCAAAACUCCAAGGUGCAACAUGAGGUUCUUCACGCUCUGGGCUUCAACCAUGAACAGGUCCGCACUGAUAGAGACAAAUACGUCCAAAUUCUCUUUAAGAACAUUAAACCAGAACGACAGUACAACUUUAGGAAGGUAGAAACUAACAACCUGGGAACUCCUUACGACUUCAACUCAGUCAUGCAUUAUGGUAUGCCUUUUCCAAAAAUGGGCGGCCAACCAUCGCUGCCAAGUCCAGCCUUAUCCGCAGCUUUGGAAACAGAGAUCGAAUGAGCAAGACUGAUGUCGACCGUGUCAACAAACUUUAUAACUGCAGGAGUGAAUAAAGCUAAAGCUCUUCACUCUCUCACAAAUUAGGCUCAGUUACAUCAUUAGAAGAUUUUUCACAUUAAUUAUUUUAUUAUCAGUGGAAAGCAUAAAUAAUAAAAUUCAUCUCACAUGGGCCUCUUGUUGGAACUGAAACCAUGAGUCGUUUUAAUUUACUUUGCCUUAAAGUUUUGCCUUAUGCCAUGCAGAAUUGAGCAUGUGCAUGCUUAUUGGUUAGCCUAUCUAUCUAUCUAUCUAUCUAUCUAUCUAUCUAUCUAUCUAUCUAUCUAUCUAUCUAUCUAUCUAUCUAUCUAUCUAUCUAUCUAUCUAUCUAUCUAUCUAUAUAUCUAUUUAUCUAUCUAUCUAUCUAUCUAUCUGAAACACCAUUUUCAGAUGGUGUAAACAUGACAUGCUUGUCACUUGGUCCAAAAGUAUAUCAGUAUUGCAUCAAACUUCUGUUUUAGUUUCUCCAUAUGGUUUAGCUCUUCCUGUAUACGUGCAAGUUGUUUCUGUUGCUCAAGUACUAUGGUUUGGAGAGGUAGGGUUAGGGCUUCCCAAAAGUGACACAUACGGCUGUUGUUUUAUUGUUUCCCUCAAUAAAUUAAAUUGUCAUUUGAAAACUGCCUUUUUAUCUGUACAUG